AUGGGGCCCGCUUGGUUGUGGCUGCUGGGAGCUGGGGUCCUGGCCUCUGCCCACAGAGACAAGAGUCUGGAGGUGCCCCAGCCCCUGAACCCUCAACUCCUGGAGCCAGCCCCUGCCCACCACAGGGUCACCCCCACCAUUACUGGCUUUGCUUUGCGUCUGUACAAGCAGCUGGCGGCAGACUGGCCAGGGAACCUGCUCUUCUCCCCAGUGAGCAUUGCCAGCACCCUGGCUCUGCUCUCCCUGGCGGUCCAGGCCAACACCUCUGCCCUCAUCCUGGAGGGCCUGGGCUUCAACCUCACUGAGACCACAGAGGCUGACAUCCACCGUGGAUUCCAGAGCCUCAUCCACACCCUGCAGCUGCCCAGCCCCAAACUGGAGCUGAAAGUGGGCAACUCCCUGUUCCUGGACCAGCAGCUGAAGCCACGGCAGCACUUUCUGGACAGUGUCAGGGAGCUGCUCGGGGCUUUCGCCUUUUCUGCCAACUUCACGGAUUCCGCCACCACUGGGAGGCAGAUCAACAAUUACGUGCGGGAGCAGACAUAUGGGCAAAUCCAGGACUGUCUCCCGGAGUUCGGUCAGGACACGCUCGCGGUUCUCCUGAACUACCUCUUCUUCAAAGCCAAAUGGAAGCAUCCUUUCGACCCCUACCAGACCCGAAAGAAGGAAAGUUUCUUUGUGGACGAGAGGACCUCUGUCCACAUUCCUAUGAUGCACCAGAGGGCAAUGCAUAGGUUCCUGUAUGACGCGGAGCUGGCCUGCACCGUGCUGCAGAUCGAGUACAGCGGGAAUGCCCUGCUGCUGCUCAUCCUCCCCGACCCCGGGAAGAUGAAGCAGGUGGGAGCCGCCCUGCAGCCCGAGAUGCUGACCAAGUGGAGCCGGCUCUUCCUGCCCAGCCUGUUGGAUUUGCACUUGCCGAGGUUUUCCAUUUCUGGCACAUAUAAUCUGGAAGAGAUCCUUCUCAAAAUUGGUCUCACCAACGUCUUCAACUUGGAAGCCAACUUGUCAGGCAUCACUGGGCAUCUCAACCAAACCAUCUUCAGGGUGACACACAAGGCAGCGGUGGACAUGCAUGAGAAGGGGACCCAGGCAGGGGCUGCCUCUGGCCUCCUCUCCCAGCCCCCAGCCCUGGGUGCACUGCCAGCACCCUCUGCCCACUUCAACAGGCCCUUCCUGCUGCUCCUCUGGGAGGUGAGCACGCAGAGCCUGCUCUUCCUGGGGAGAGUCGUCAACCCAGCAGCAGGGUGA